ACAGCCAAAGGAUUGACAUCCGAGAUCAUGCUUAUUCAAAUGAAAGAUAGCAAGUAAUAGUGUGCUCCCUGCAUUAUUUUGCUAUUGCUCAGGAGACCGGCAAAAGAUUCCAGUGGUAAAAUGACCAUUACCAUGGAAACGCAUGAAUAAAACUACCAAGAUGCGAAAUUUUUAAACGCCGCUCCACGAAAGUAAAAAGUUUAUGGCGUCAGACCCUCAAAACACGAUGUCGCGGUCGCUUUAUCAUCUGCAUUUGAAACAAAAGACUUCUACAAUCGUAUCAACACUGGCAAUAUCCUCAGGGAUCACUUGCUGCAAGCCUUUUCAGAAUGAGCAUUACUGCGAAGCUACCAACUUUUUCCACACCUUUUAGCGGGGGUUUAUCGCAAAUGAUCCCAACUAUUCCUCGAAAGCGCAGUAUACAUCACCUUUUAGCUGAAAAUUCAAGUCUACUUCGAGAAGAGCCCAAGGCAAAAAAGUUCAAAGCUUCGGAGCUAUUAGACCAUCCGUCCAAAGGAAACGCCCGACCCAAAAAAUCAGUAACCUUCUCUGACGAUAUCAAGGAGAUCCGAUUCCGAAUCCGUGACACUCCAAGGUCGCUUCUUUGUGAUGGAAUAGACGAUGGCGUGGAAGAAGAUAUAGAAGACAAUGAGAACGACACAAAAUACCAUUUCAUCCAACCUGUUCUACAGAACGUUACUUUAUCACCACAACAGAGGACACUUAAAAGAACGAUCAGUUUCCAAGAAUUUGAAUUCGAUGAUCAAUUUGGUGAAGAGCUGGACUCUCAAUUAACUAGCAUGCACCUGGGUGAAGUUACCUCUUAAGGUUCUUUCUGUGAUUUUGCUUCAGCUACAAUCCAAUAUCUGUACAUAUCACUCAGUUCCGCAUCCAUGUAUCCUCCUCCCAAGUACCAUAAUUUCUACUCUUGUAUAAGCAGAAGCCGUAGUUCUUACAUAGCUUAAAGGCAUCCGCGAAUUACUUGUAAAUAAUUUGUAAAUGCAGUGCAGUGUAUCAAGUACCCAUAAAAAUCAGUAAAAUUAAUAUUUUGGAGAAACUAUGAAUCAUAACAAGGC